AUAAGAGACAUGUUGGUAAACUCAAUAUGCCUUCAUUAUUCUAAUGUUACUUUUGAACAUUAUUGAAAAAAGGAUAUACUACUUUUUUUGAUACUUUUGAUACCUUUGUCUUCUUAUGCCAUGUUUAAAGAAUCACACAUCAUUUGAUACCAAUUCUGUGACACAAUGGGAGCCAUUGGUAGCUCCACAACAUUGCUAGUUCAAAUGCUUACGAGAAGUGAGGCAAUGACAGUUUCUGUCACAUUAGGUGUAAUUAGUGUCAUUGUUUGGAUGAUUGCUGAAAUUCCUCAAUUAAUCACAAACUACAGAGAAAAAUCUGCUCGUGGUCUCUCUGUUGCUUUCAUGCUGACGUGGAUAAUCGGAGAUCUGUUCAACCUCUUUGGAUGCUUACUUGAACCUGCAACUCUACCAACUCAACUAUAUACUGCGGCGUUGUAUACGUUCGUAACACUUACACUUUGUUUACAAGCCAUUUACUAUGGACACAUAUAUCCUAAACUUAAGUGCAAGAAACAGUUCAAGAUUGAGACAUCGAUAGAUGAUGCAGAAAGCAAUAAUGGAGUUGAAAAUGGAAAUGAUGCUGAUCAGAGAAUAGUCAUUGGUUUGAGUUCACCAAUAGAUGUUAGAAGACAAUCAUAUUACCAGUCAGCAAGAUAUCUAUCAAAGAGUUAUACUCCAAGAUCAGAAUUCACAUCCCAAAGCAUGACAUCUUCUUGUCAUAUUUUGAACCCUAUGGAAGAGCCCUUGCUUGUUUCAUCUGUCUUGACACAAUCAGCACCAUCUUUAAAGAUCAAGAACACACUAUGUUUGGUUUCAGCAUUAACUUUUAUUGGUGCCUUCAAUCUGCUUCAAUUACAAGAUACAAGAAUUCAAUCGGCGGUCUCAAAUCCAAGAAAGGAAUUUGUGAUUUAUGUUGGCAGAAAGCUUUUGCAGGUUAGUGGCGAUGAGUUGCAAGAUCAUGGUGUAGUAGAAGGACAAACUAGCAUUGGUGUUUACUUUGGUUGGGCAAUGGCAGUUAUAUAUAUGGGUGGAAGACUUCCUCAAAUUUGUUUGAAUAUCAAAAGGGGUAACUUUGAGGGUGUGAAUCCUCUGAUGUUUCUGUUUGCUUUAGUUGGGAAUACAACUUAUGUAGCAAGCAUACUAGUGAGAAGCUUGGAUUGGUCAAGAAUUAGUCCAAAUCUUCCAUGGCUUGUUGAAUCAGGAGGAUGUUCCCUUCUUGAUUUCUUUAUUUUGAUGCAAUUUCUAUACUAUCGACAUCGGACAUCGAAAGCCCUGGAGAAUAAGUGCAAACAUCAAGUUGUUUCUUAGAUGUCGAUUUGAAGAAACUAGGAUUCUCAGCCAUUAAAUCUCAACCAUGCUGACCAAGACAAUGAAGUUGAAAUGGACUCUUGUGACUGAUAACAGCUGAUAUGACCUUUUAAGCAGAAAUUAAAGGGAUGUGGUCUUUGAUUGAAGACCAGAAAUCUUGUAUCAGAUUGACAAUAAAAUUUUGAAUUACCCUUCAAUUUUCUAACCUGAAUUUUCAUUCUUACUUGUUUAGGCUAUUUAUCAUUAUAUGAAUCUGGAUUAAGUGCGGGCACUGCUACAUGCAGUCGGCUGCAAUCAGUAUUGUCCGAUCAAGAUCAUACGGUUCCUAUUUAAAGACAGU